AUGGCUUUUAUGUUUAAAAGAGAAGGCUGUUAUAGUAAAAAUCGUUUAAGUGAAUUGUUUAGAAAAAAUAAAAGUUUCGUUAAUCAGCUAAUGUAUGAUAUGACCUCAUUUCAUUAUGAAAAUUACAUGAAGAAUAAAAUUCAUAAGAAUAUUAUGAAUAACUACAAUAAUAUUGAAAAAAUUCAAUCAAUGCUAAAUUUAAUAAACGGUGAUAAAGAAAAUGCCUUUAAAAUUAAAACAGGUCACUUUUAUUUUCGUAGUGGAGUUCCAGUUAUAACACCGCACAUUGAACAGACAAAUGAAUUUGCUGAUCAUAAUAAUUAUAUAUAUAAUUUUAAAAAUGUCAAAAAAAAAUAUUUGAAAAAAGUUUAUGAUUCUUAUAAACACAAAGUUGGAGGAACAGAUCCAUCAGUUCCAAUUUUUUUUAAGCAUAAAUGA